AAGUCUGAGUGAGCAUCUGCCAACCAAGCUGCUGACUCACACUUCUGUGCACCUCGGUCUGUGAAUAGAGCGGAAUUUGUUAUUUUUUUAAAGAUGGACUGUGCCUUUGAAAACCUGGAUGCAGCUGGUUUCCUGGAAAUAUGGCAACACUUUGAUGCGGAUGAUAACGGCUACAUCGAGGGCAAAGAGCUGGACGCCUUUUUCCGUCACAUGAUGAAACAGCUGGGACCUCAGGAGAAGGUGACCGAGGAGCGCGUUCAGAGGCUGAAGCAGAGGUUCAUGUCCGCCUACGAUGUCACUGCUGAUGGGAAGCUACAGAUUCAGGAGUUAGCCAACAUGAUUCUGCCUGAAGAUGAGAACUUCCUGCUCAUUUUCCGCAGAGAGGCUCCUCUGGACAACAGUGUUGAGUUCAUGAAGAUAUGGAGAAAGUACGACGCCGACUGCAGCGGCUACAUCUCUGCUCAGGAGCUCAAGGCUUUUUUAAAAGACCUGCUGGAGCUGCACCACAAGAUGGUUUCAUCUGACAAGUUAGAGGAGUACACUGACACAAUGAUGAAAAUCUUUGACAAAAACAAGGAUGGACGUUUGGAUUUGAAUGACUUGGCCAGGAUAUUGGCUCUAGAAGAGAAUUUCCUGCUUCAGUUCCAGAUGGAUGCCUGCAGUAAAGAGGAGAGGAAACGAGACUUUGAGAAAAUCUUUCAGCAUUACGAUGUUAGUCAGACGGGAGCACUGGAGGGUCCUGAGGUGGACGGCUUCGUCAAAGACAUGAUGGGGCUGGUCAGGCCCAAUAUCACGGGUUCUGAGCUGGACAAGCUGCGGGCCAUGCUGCUGCGCCACUGUGACGUCAACAAAGACGGGAAGAUCCAGAGGAACGAGCUGGCGCUGUGUCUGGGGGUCAGGCCCAGCCUUUAAAGACCUGUGUAAUGACGCUGCAUCAUCAGUCGCCUGUUGCCUGGUCAGGGCUGUUCCAAGGCCUGAUUGCUAGUUAACGUCAGGUCAGUAUUUAUGUAGCGCUAUUUAACCCUGAAUAUGAGUGUGACUCUGUGUAAUGACAAUAAAUGGCUGCACAUCC